ACACUCCCUCGCCCAAAACGGUUAGAUCGAACCAGCGUCACUCCCAAAUUCAAACCACUAGGGUUUCCGAAAUGGAGAAAUACGAUAAGCUAGAGAAGGUCGGCGAAGGCACCUACGGCAAAGUCUACAAGGCCAAAGACAAAGCCACCGGCCAACUCGUCGCCCUCAAAAAGACGCGCCUCGAGAUGGACGAAGAGGGCGUGCCGCCCACCGCCCUCCGCGAAGUCUCCCUCCUCCAAAUGCUCUCCCAAUCCCUCUACGUCGUCCGCCUCCUCUGCGUCGAACACGUGGACAACAAGAAGGACGGCAAGCCCGUCCUCUACCUCGUCUUCGAGUACCUCGACACCGAUCUCAAGAAGUUCAUCGACACCUUCCGCAAGGGCCCCAAUCCGAGGCCCCUGGCGCCGGCGAUGGUCCAGAGCUUUCUGUUCCAGCUCUGUAAAGGCGUGGCGCACUGCCACUCCCACGGCGUGCUCCACCGCGAUUUGAAGCCGCAGAAUCUGCUGCUGGAUAAGGAGAGAGGGAUCUUGAAGAUUGCCGAUCUUGGAUUGGGCCGGGCCUUCACGGUUCCGCUCAAGAGCUAUACGCAUGAGAUUGUGACGCUUUGGUAUAGAGCGCCUGAGGUUCUGCUCGGCUCUACUCAUUACUCUACUGGUGUUGAUAUGUGGUCCGUCGGAUGCAUUUUCGCUGAAAUGGUGAGGAGGCAGGCGCUGUUCCCUGGAGAUUCUGAGUUCCAGCAGUUGCUCAACAUCUUCAGGCUGUUAGGAACGCCGACUGAGAAGCAGUGGGCUGGUGUCACUAGUCUGCGGGACUGGCAUGUUUAUCCUGUGUGGGAGCCUCAGAACUUGGCUCGUGCUGUUCCUGCAUUAGGGCCUGAUGGAGUGGACCUUCUUUCUAGAAUGCUUAAAUAUGAUCCAGCUGAGAGAAUUUCUGCCAAAGAAGCCAUGGACCAUCCUUACUUUGACAACCUCGACAAGUCUCAGUUCUGAGAGUUUUCUACUAGAAGGGAUAUGACAUUUGCUAAAUGUUGCCUUCCCUUUGAUGACUUUGACAGCCUUUGAUCAACUGUCUGUUUGGUGAAGACAGCUGUCAUCAUCUUGGUGAUUUGAAUACCCUGUGAUCUAUGAUGAUGUUCGACUUUGAUUGCAUAAU